AAGUUCCUUCUACACGGAAUUCCCAACAUUCCACUGUGCACACACUGCCCACCCGGUCCGAACUCAAAUCGAAAACUCAGAACCUGGACUUUAUUCCAUCCAGCACUUCAUUACCUACUGAGAACCACCAGGAGCGACAGGAACUUCUCACGGAUCAGAUUCAGCAGCACGACAAGCAAGGAACUGUUCUCCCAGCAUGCUGAGCAGUUCCAGCUUUACUCUGGUGCUCCUUGAACUUUGGAUCUGUCUCCUGGUGGCAGAAGCUUCCUCAGCGUGCAACAUCAUAGACGACACAGCCUGGUGUGGCGUGAGGAACCUACGAGAGGUGCCUCCUCUACCUCAUUAUAUAACUAAAGUGGAUCUCAGUCUGAAUGACAUCGAGGAGAUCCCUGAGGAAUCCUUCAAGGGCUCUGAAGCCAUACAAAUUCUGAUCCUGGACCAGCAGAAUCGACCUCUUACAAUCAGAAACAAUGCGUUUAGGCGACUGUCCGAUCUGACAGAAGUGUAUCUCAGAUACAACAGGUUCCUCCGACUGGAACCGGGAGCGUUUCACGGAUCGCUCAAGCUUCAGACGCUCGACCUCAUGCAGUGUUCGCUGAACGACUCUAUUCUGUCGGGCGAGAGUUUGAGACCUCUGGUGUCUCUGGAGAAACUGAUACUUAAGGACAACCAGAUAAAAAGGAUCCAUCCGGCUUCGUUCUUCAUCAACAUGAGCAAACUGCACACGCUGGACGUCUCUCAGAACUGGGUUACGAGUCUGUGUGAGAACGAUUUAUGGGACGGUUUUCAGGGGAAACACUUCAAGCUGCUAAAAUUCAGAGAUGUUAAACUGACCGAUAUGAAUCCGUACUGGUCCGGAUGGGGCGAGUGUGGAAACCCGUUUAGGAACAUGUCCAUUACUGAGCUGGAUUUGUCUCAAAAUGGCUUCAGUGUGGACCUUGCAGUGCGGUUCUUCAGAGCCAUCAGAGGAACCAAAAUACAAGCCCUGGAUCUCAGCUCUAGUGUCAGCAUGGGUAAGGGUGUGUGGUUCAACAACUUGAAAGAUCCAGACCAAAAUACGUUCAGGGAUCUUCUCGAGAGCGGCGUUAGGGUUCUGGAUUUGUCCGACGCUCGGAUCUUUGCUCUGACGAACUCAGUGUUCAGUUACGUUCCAGAUCUGGAGCAAAUCUCCUUGGCUUUUAAUUCGAUCAAUCAUAUUGCGCCGGGUGCAUUUUUCGGACUGGGAAAUUUAAAAUUCCUUAAUUUGUCCCAUAAUCUCCUGGAUAAAAUCAGUUCUGAGACGUUUGAGAAUCUGCCGAGUCUUGAGGUGCUCGAUUUAUCCAACAACAACAUCAGAAUGCUGAUGAGAGACUCGUUUACAGGUCUGGCCAGUCUGGCUCUACUGGACCUUUCAGACAAUUCACUGCAGCUGGUGGAUAAACUGGCCGUCCUCCCGCGACUUCAGGUUCUUUACUUGAAAGGAAACAGGAUAGAGAGCUUGUACGGCCUUCCUAGCCAGACAAGAAACGCUUUGAUUGUUGAAGUUCAGAACAACAGGCUGACCAACGCUGAGAGCUUCUACGAGAUGUUGGUGGAAUUCCCCGACAUUAAAAUGAUCGUGCUUGGCGGUAAUUUCUUUCUGUGGUGCCAUCUUAACAAGAACUAUUCCGUUUCCCCUUUAAACCAGUUACUGGUCCUGGAUGUACAUGCAACUGGCCUGCCAAACCUUUGGGAUCAGGGAAAGUGCCUCACCAUAUUUGAUGGACUUCACCAGCUGCAGACGCUCUUCCUUUACAGCAACUACAUGCAGGCCCUUCCCAAAGAUGUGUUUAAAGGACUCACCUCUUUAAACAACUUGGAUUUGUCCUAUAACUUAUUAACCUACCUGCCUGCUGGCGUCUUCCCCGAUAGUUUGAGAUUCCUCGACCUCAGGCACAACUCCCUCGGCUCCGUCGACCCCGCCGCCCUGACCGGCCUCACCAGUGUCUUCUUGCUUGGGAACCGCUUCAUUUGCGACUGCAGCCUGAGGGACUUCCAGACGUGGCUGAAUCAGACAGACGUGCAGACGGACGGCCCCGUGGCGCACCUCACGUGCGAGUUUCCCGAGGAACAGCGAGGGCUCCCUCUGCUGGCGGCAGAACUGCGCUGUGAGGACGACCGGGACGAGGCCGCCGCCGAGCAGCUGAGGUUUGUUCUUUUCGUCUGCUGCGCGCUCUCCGUAUCGCUGAUCUGCACCGGGACCAUCGUUUAUACCCGUCUGCGCGGGCACUGCUUCAAGCUCUACAGGAAAGCCAUCUCCAGGUUGAUCGACGGGACCCCGAAAGAGCCCGAAAGCGACGGUUUUGAGUACGACGUCUUCCUGUGUUUCAGUCUGAAAGACAUCAGAUGGGUCACCAAGGCGCUCCUGAAAAAGCUGGACAGCCAGUUCUCGGAGCAAGGGAACCUCAGGUGCUGUUUCGAGGCGCGCGACUUCCUGCCGGGCGAGGACCAUCUAUCCAACAUGCACAACGCCAUCUCAAGCAGUAAGAAAACCCUGUGCGUGCUCUCCAGAGAGUUCCUGGAGGAUGGCUGGUGCCUGGAGGCCUUCAGCAUCGCCCAGAGUAAGAUGCUGGAGGAGGUCCGCGACCUCCUGCUCGUGCUGCUCGUGGACAACAUCCCGCCGUACAGGCUGAUGAGGUACGAACACAUCCGGACCUACAUCCGGACCAGGAGGUACCUGUGCUGGCCAGAUGAUAGUCAGGACCUGGAGUGGUUCUACACACAACUGCAGAAAAGCAUAGCGAAGGACGUCAAGGUCAAACCAAUCCAACCACAACACGAACCGAACCACAAACCCACAAACCAUGAAGCCAUGACUGCUGUCUGAAAAUGCUCUAAAGUUUUCGGACACCUGAUCGUGAGCUUGUCAGACAUCCGUCUGUGUGAUGUUUUCAGCUAGGACAGCAGCCGCUUUUCUGAGAAGCUUCUCACCAGACUUUGGAGUGUGUCUGUGUGUGGGAAUUUGUGCCCAUUCAGUAGUUUAAAAAGCUAACCGCUGAUUGAUCAGUUGAUGUUCCGGUUCAUCCCAGGGCUCUGUGCAGGACACUAUUAAUGUCUUUAUAGAGCUCAAUCAUGCUGGAAUGUAAAGGACCUUCCCUAAACUGUUGCUGCACAGUCAGAAGCAUAUAAUUUCCUUUAUCUGACUGAGUUAUUACACCUGUUAGCGACUGUUAUGGCUGAAACAUGUGCAUUCAAUUAUUCAUGUGUUUUUAGGCUUUUCUGAGAAGAUUGUACAAGAUUUCGGAACGUGUCUGUGAGAAUUUGUGCUUGGUGUUGAGUGCAGGGGGUCAGGGAUCUGUUCAGUGGAUGUUCUCUGAUUCUGAGGAGACGCUUGGAGUCCAAAUCACUGUAAAAUAAAAUAUUGCAACUCGCUGGAACGUUCUGAGCAGCAUCCAGAACGCCGAGCUAAACAGCCAAGCUACUUUUAAGGUCAUGCUAGUCAGCUAGCUGAAGUGAGCGGACAGCGCGGCGUAGACGUUGUGUAGACGUUGUGUAGACGUUUACAGAUUAAUAAUUAAGACACUGAGACAGAAGUGAAUAGAAUUAGAGCUCUGAAGCAGUGAGCCGGACUCACUGAAUAAUUAUAAUCACUGUGAGAAACGAGCUCGUUAUUCAUCAGCGAAUUCGCUACAGAUACGAUAUCUGUGUUAGCAACUUGCUAACUAUUUUCAUGCACUGUUUUCUACAACAUGAUAAUAAAAUAUAAAAGCAGACAAAAAUACUUGAGACGUUUCAGUUCAAAUUCAUUCUGUCGUGUUAAUUUAUAAUAAAAUCUUCCUACUUA